AAAAAAAAUUCCCCACGGAGUGCCGAAAAAAGUCAGUUUUCAGUUCAACGCAGAAGCCCUCGCACAGUCUUUUAAUACGUGAACGGCUUAUGUAUUCAUUGCAAUUAGUGCUUCAAAUAAUUAAGAACAAGCAAAUCCUCUACAGAUAAUUAAGGUAAUAAGGUAAACACAUUAAAUUGCUGAUCUAGUAUACAUACUAAGAAAUUAUUUUUUUCACUUUCGAUGUGAUUUCCGGAGAGAGGAGUAUUUCUGUUUGUAAACAAAAUGACAUCACUGUUAUUAAAUGUCAACAACUGCACAACUAAGAGAGAAAAGUAAAGAGAAUUGAAGUGCUUUCUCUUAAUAUAAUUCCCAAUUUUGAUUAUUUGAGUCACGAACUAGGAAAAUGGAACUACACAUGAACCGCUACCGAAUGAAGUCUAAUUAGUGUCUUUUAACUACAUAUAUCAACUACCUAUACAUAUAUAACUCAUGUCAAUGUAUGUUCUUCUAUUAUUAUAGAAAAUACGCUCUUUUAAAUUUUAAAAUAAACCACUCCCAAGGUGUUAGGGAAUAAUUGGUGAGCAUUAUUGAGGUAUUAGUUUAGUAGGCAAAUAUAAACCCGAGAUAAUAUUUAGAAAAUAAUCUUUAUUUCGUACCACCAUUUUAUUUAUUCAUUUGUACACAAUUUUGGUUUUUCUCUUUUUAAGAUUCAAAAAUCUGUGCACUCUUUUGAUUUUUCAUUAGAAUCGUAAAUAGCAAAAUCGUGGGAAGAUUCAUCUUUUCCGAAAACCAGUUGUGGUAUGGUUGUUUUUACGGGAGAACGAAGAAGCAUAACUAGAGAACCAGUCCAAGCCCCAAAAACAGUGGAAUCACAUUUUAAAUUUAAAGUAAAAACCUUAACUGGUUCAGUCAAUCUAUGGUUCCUAAUCUUUUCAGAAGGGAAGCACAAGCUCUCUGCACACGAUUUUUUGACCUACUGGUCACUGGUACUGCGCUUUUGGUCUUUCCAUGUCCACAUCCUGCAAUUAAGGCGUUCACUUCUGCUGCUCCAGGGCUUGAUUCUGGACAUGGCGAACACUCUUAACUACUCCAAAAGUCCCGCAGGCGAGGCUAAAUUUGCCUUGCAGCUUUUCGGCCAAUUGGCCAAGUCUGAGUCCGACCGGAACAUCGUCCUCUCUCCAUCGUCCAUCCGGACGGGCUUGGCACUAGCCUACCUGGGCGCCGACGGCAGCACUGCCGACGAGUUAAAACUGGGAUUGGGCCUGGAAGGAGCUGGAAAGAACGAGGUAGCUGAGAAAUUGGCCCAGCUCUUGGCUAAAGGACAGUGGGAAAAGACGAGUGGGGACAAGGUCGGGCCUAAAUUGAAAUAUGCCAAUCGGAUUUUCGUGGCCCAGAGGCUUCAGCUGGCCCAGGCAUAUCAGGAUUUGCUGAGCAAAAACUUCGCAUCAGCUGCAGAGAAUGUGAACUUCACCCAAAGUGCGGACACAGCCAAGCGCAUCAACUCCUGGGUGGAAGAGCAGACCCAUCAGCAGAUCAAGGACCUCAUUGGUCCGGACUCAGUGAACGCGGAUACUGCGGCCAUCCUGGUCAAUGCCAUCUACUUCAAGGCCGACUGGCAGACCAGCUUUCCCGACUACGCAACUUACGCUAGCGACUUCGUCAACCACGGAGGUCGGAAGGUCAGCGUCGACACCAUGUCCCAAGAGGGUUUCUUCAGGUUCGGCGAACUGUCCGAGUUGAAGGCCAAGGUUUUGGAACUGAGCUACACAGGCACAGAUAUCGUUUUCCUGAUCAUCCUGCCCCAGGAGGAGCAGGGAUUGGCCUUCAUCGAGGAUAAACUAAUGGACAUAGACCUGAAUGAAAUAAGAGCACAACUGAGCAGGCGAAAGGUUCGCGUGCAGUUGCCUAAAUUCAAAUUCGAAUUCCACGUACCUUUGCAGGCGGCGCUGGAGGAGUUGGGCAUAAAGCAACUUUUCUCUCCUGGAGCAAACCUCAGCAGCCUUCUCCGGGAAUCGGAACCCCUACACAUCUCGGAGGUGAAGCACAAGGCGAUUAUUGAAAUUAACGAAAAUGGAACUAUUGCCAGUGGAGCGUCCUAUGUCAAUGUUGCGGUGGAGUCUCUUUUGAUUGGAGAGGAAGUAUUUGAGUUCACCGCGGAUCAUCCCUUCUUCUUCGCCAUAAAGGAUGCUCAGAACACCUUAUUACUGGGCCACGUCAGUCAGUUGUGAUUCGGAGUUGUGCCAUAAGUUAUGUACACGAGCACCAGAAUCCCAACAUGAUGUUUUGUCCGCAUCCAAUAAAUGCCAGUUUUCUAUGUCAAGUGCACAAGUACCGACAGGUAUAUCAACCUGAUUGCUUGAUUAGUUUUGGGUUGCGUAAUGCUU